AUGGCAGGCCCAACUGCUGUCGCAAACAAUGCCGGCCCUUCUGCUAUUCCUCCCGUCAUGCAAGCAGCAGCAGAUGCCAGGGCUAUCGGUGCCAAGCAAAGGACUUCAAGAACUUCUAUCCCUACCCAAUCUGGAAAAUGGAUUCUAGGAAAGACUAUCGGCGCUGGUAGUAUGGGUAAGGUCAAGCUAGCCCGCAAAGAAGACGGAACAGAACAGGUUGCCUGCAAAAUCAUUCCUCGGGGCUCUACUGAAGAUAACCACCAUAGCCGAGCUGAUAAGGAGAGGGCCGAUCAAUCCAAAGAAAUACGAACCGCACGUGAAGCAGCCAUUGUGACUCUCUUGCAGCACCCGCACAUUUGUGGUAUGAGAGAUGUCGUUCGAACCAACUACCAUUGGUACAUGCUCUUUGAAUAUGUGAACGGCGGACAGAUGCUAGAUUAUAUUAUCUCUCACGGCAAGCUCAAAGAGAAACAAGCUCGAAAGUUCAGCAGGCAGAUUGCCAGUGCUCUCGAUUACUGCCAUCGAAAUAGCAUAGUACACCGCGACUUAAAGAUCGAAAAUAUUCUUAUUAGUAAGACUGGAGACAUCAAAAUCAUUGAUUUUGGUCUCAGCAACCUUUUUGCCCCCCGUGGUCAUCUCAAGACCUUCUGCGGUAGUCUAUAUUUCGCCGCCCCCGAGCUUCUUCAAGCACGGGCGUACACCGGACCUGAGGUUGACGUCUGGAGCUUCGGUAUUGUUUUAUAUGUGUUGGUGUGUGGCAAGGUCCCUUUUGAUGAUCAGAGCAUGCCAGCUCUCCACGCGAAGAUCAAGAAGGGGCUUGUGGACUAUCCUAGCUGGCUAUCUAAUGAAUGUCGGCAUCUUCUCUCUCGCAUGCUUGUCACCGACCCGAGACAACGAGCCACCAUGUAUGAAGUCAUGAACCACCCUUGGAUGAUCAAAGGUUAUGGUGGCCCACCCGAGAACUACUUACCCGCUCGGGAACCCUUAACCCUCCCUCUUGAACCAGAAGUCAUCAACGCCAUGACCGGCUUCAACUUUGGCCCUCCAGAACUGAUUAAGGCUCAGCUCACUAAAGUUAUUGAAUCCGAAGAUUAUAAACGUGCUGUGGCCCUUCUACAGAAGGAGAAAGAGCUGCCUCCCGCGCCUAAAGAUGUAGAGAAGAAGCGUGGAUUUGGAUUCGACUUUUACAAGCGACAUAACACUGGAAGCAGCCGCGACAAUUUGACAACUCCAAGCUCGGACGCGCUUCAGAUCGGCGCUGAUCCCCUCAAUGCCUUUAGCCCUCUUAUAUCUAUAUACUACCUAGUAAGGGAGAAACAAGAACGAGACAAAAUAGAAGCUGCACCAAAGUCACAUACGCCGAAGAAUGUGGCAGACUCGCCGAUGCCAGAAAUCGUGCCACCACCUGAGGCUCAUACAAAUACGGCAACAUAUGAAAUGGCCGGAGAGAAGGCUACUGGGGGAAGAUCAAGACCCCGAGCCAGAACUCACGGGGAAGAUGACGCCCCGGAGGAUCUUAAGAAGGCACCGCAAGGCACACUUGCUCCCCCGGAGAUUCCUACUGACCCACCCCCGAAGAAAGAGAGUGCAGCUGCUGGCAUCCUUAGACGGUUCAGCACUAGGCGUCGCAAAGAACCAGAGAGGCUUGACAAAGAUCGCUCGCAUCCACCUGUGGUCCACGUUCAUUCGCCAGCUGAAGCGCCGGAAUCGCCACGGAAGAGCUUCAGCAUACGCAGGUCUAGACGUGACCGAGAGGAGCAUAAGCCGACGAGGUUACGAUCAGGAAGCAGUCAGCCACAACAUAGAGACUUACUCAGUCCACCUCUUUCCGCUGGUGCUAACUUGUCCGGAAGCAACAAAGGUCUGGGAAGAUCGACAAGCGUGAGUUCGGCAGACUUUAGAAGGCGACCAUUCGGAUCUGGGAACAAGAUCAACAAGGAACCGCCACCAACCAGCGGUUCUGAUCAGUCGGCAACGACCGAUAAGCUUCCGCCUGAACCGAAGAGCGCCUUAAACUCUCGGUCUACGUCUAUGAGGGCAAAGCCGUUAGGCCACGCUCGUCGCGAGAGUAUACAGGCAAGGAGAUUGCGUAGGGAAGGUGCUCGUGCCGCUGAUGUGCCAGAAGAGACGGACCAAGAGCUUGGCGAAGCAAGUGGAAAUUCAGCGGAACGUUUGGACGACUCGGAGCUAGCUAAGCCAGUCUUCCUGAAGGGCCUAUUCAGUGUCUCUACAACAUCAACCAAAUCAGUGCCUGCUAUCCGUGCAGAUGUUAAGAGAGUGCUAAAACAGCUUGGAGUCGAGUACACGGAGAUCCGGGGUGGCUUUUCUUGUCGCUACACACCCAGCAUCGACUUCAAGAAGGGAUCGGACGGUCCGGGUAGCCCAACCCCGACGCCUAAUCACCGUCGUAGGUUCAGCUUCGGCAUCAGGACGGAUAAGGAGCGCGAGGAGGUUCGAGAGUCGGACCGUGUUCCGCAUACGCCACGGACUCCUGGAAAGGGACCAGCUGAUCGAAGCGACUCCACUUCGGAACUUUCCGAUCCCGAAAGCAUUCACCGAGACGCAACUACAUCGUCGAGGAGAGUACCAGGUGAAACGACCACCCACGUUCAGAGUGAUUUGGGCGGAAACAUGAUUUUGGAAUUCGAAAUUUUCAUCGUCAAGGUUCCUCUGCUUUCGUUGCACGGGAUCCAGUUCAAGCGUAUGGAAGGAAAUACGUGGCAGUUCAAGAACUUGGCAGACCAGAUUCUAAAGGAGUUGCGGCUAUGA